AUGAAUCGCGUCCCAGUCGUUCGAGUUAUCGGGCAGAAUCUCGAGCAAAUCGACUGGCAAAGUGAAGCGCCAAUGUCGUCGAUGCCGCGGCGAACCCUUCAACCUCGUACCCUGGUCGUGAAAGUUGCACCUAAACUCGCUAAACGAGGAAAGCCUGCGAAAUCAAUGAAAAUCUUGAAAAAACCCAGGAAGUGCAAUGCGAAAGUCUCACGCGAAGUGAAAUAUCCCCUUCAGGAAUUAUCUAUCACACAUCGCCGUCAAUCACCAAUUGACAUCAAGAGCGACGAUGUUUGUCACGAUCCUGAGCAUUGCAAGCCCGAUUCUUUGAAUAUCAGUUACACUGCUGGCGAUUGUCAUGAUGUCGUAUGUAGCGAUACCGGUUUCAAAGUGAACGUUGGACGAAAGUGCACUACAACGCUUUCGGCCAGCCAUCUUCCUGGCACGUACCAACUGGCGCAGUUUCAUGCUCACUGGAGCAAGGAUGGCUCUUGCGGCUCGGAACAUCUACUCAAUGGAAAGGCGAUGAGUGGCGAGGUCCACUUCGUGUUCUGGAAUACCAAGUAUGAAUCGUUCUGUGAAGCUGCCGAGAAGGACGAUGGACUUGCUGUACUCGCCGUGUUCGUCAAGGAAGGACAUCAUUCGAGCCACUAUCAGCCACUGUUCGAAGUGAUUCAUAAAGCGAUUGAUGCCAAACAUGCAAUUCAUAUGCCCAAGGACUUUGCCCUCGACCAGCUCCUUCCACCUCCUGGUGAGCGUGACUAUGUUACCAUAUCUUGGAUCUCUAACCACUCCUCCCUAUUCGGAAACGGUCAUCUGGACGGUGCUGACCACACCAGUGCAGGUGUCGCGGGAACAGCUGGACAUCGUUCGCAAGAUCGUCUCUGCCAACUAUCGCGAAUGCCAGAAACUAUGCGAUAG